AUGCACUCGGCAAGCGCCUCAUCCCACUCGUCGGGGGACAAACCUCACGGUCGACGUCUCACGAAAAACCCUCCCGUCAAAACUGGAACGUUGCCGCAAUCUGUAUCACAAGGGAGUUCCUCCGUGAAGUCUUGGUCCUCGGGCUCGAUCCAGAGGACCCCGUCCGCACCAAUAUUCCCUAGAUCUACACAUGGAAAAUCACAUCACCGGACACCCACCUCUCCCAACCCUCAAGCCUUCUCCUCUUCCAACUCCUCUCUAGAGCAAACCCAAAACUCCUCCCCUCUACUUCAACAAGAAGGGUUUCGACAUCUAAGCGACACGCCGACUCAGUACUUUAAUUCUUUUGGGAUAGGCUCGCGCCCAGUAUCUGGAAGACUGUCCGAAGAAUCAACAUCUGGAGGUUCGUCCCUAGAGUCAAACAAACGGAAUACCAUACAACGAGCGCCUGCACCACCUCUGCUUUUGCACGCCAACACAGAAAUGACCACAACUACAUCACGGCCUCAGCUACGGCAGUCAACCAGCUUUACCAUGGGUGAGAAAGGCGGUCCGCCAAGCCCACCGAAAGCUUACACUAGCUCCGGCACAAUGAGCCCCAAGAGGAAUUCGGAUGAGGUGAAGCCACUACCGAGUGCGAAAACAAAGCUAGGGUUUUCAAAGUUCAUGAACAGUAUGCUUGGGUCGAAGAGAGUAGAAAUCUCACACCCCACGAAUCCAGUUCAUGUCACCCACGUGGGGUUCAAUUUCGUCACGGGAGAGUUUACCGGAUUACCCAAAGAAUGGCAGCGAUUAUUACAGGAAAGCGGAAUAACCAAAAAGGAGCAAGAGCAGAAUCCCCAGGCUGUUAUGGAUAUUGUCGCAUUCUACAGCGAUGUCAGGGGCGGUAAAGGUGAUGAUGGAGUUUGGAAGAAGAUUCCUCAACAGCUGGAAAAUGAGAUGCUGCAGCAGCAGCAGUUACAGCAGCAACAACAGCAGCUACAGCUACAGCAACAGCAACAGCAGCUUCCUCCUCAUGUUGGAUCCCCGACCCCUGCGCAAACCCCGACGAUGGUCAGCCCACCCUUGAUGAGUCCUCCUAUAAGUCCUCGAUUUCCUUCGAACCAUGAGUUCAGCUUUGAAAACCCUCGAGCACCCCCUCCAGUCCCUAGUAAAUCUCGGGGCCCGGGGCCUAUGUCGCCCGUGCUUCCACGAGAAACAAACUCGAUUGUCCCCAAUCGUCCAGCGCCUCGACCGCCUGCUUCCCCACCCCGGGAAGUUAGUAAAGUAGGUCACUAUAGCGUACAGCCAAGGCCACCAGUAACACCAGCACCGACGCCUCAACAGCUCCAACAAAUCACUUAUGUGCAAUCACCAGUUGAGCAAUUACAACAGGACACAUACCAACCUCACGAUGAAUAUGACUUUGUAUCUGCGCCAAACUCUAACUCUCCCAUAAUACAUCAAAGUCCCCGGAUUCCCAGGGAUGAAUCACCCCCCAGAAAUGUAGAUCCAUUCAGGCAUCAAUCAAGUAGUGCUUAUGCCACAGCAAAAACAACAAAGUCGCCUGUUUUCGCACAAGCCCAUUUCCAGCAACACCAUCCGUCUCAGGCACACGGAUCACCCCAUGCGGAAUACAUUGAAUCUCAACAUCUCCAACGUGCACCUUCAACCCAGCAAAAACUUAGCCAUAGUCACUCUCAGAACCAGCACCAAACUCAAGGAGGAAAUGUGGGACCAGUUCCGGUACAGCGACGUCACAACAGGAAGCAGCCUAGCAGUAGCAUCGAUAUCGUGACCCGUUUGAACGCUAUUUGUACAAACGCCGAUCCCACAAAGCUUUAUCGCAGCUUAAAUAAAAUUGGCCAGGGAGCUUCUGGCGGCGUGUAUACAGCUUACCAAGUCGGAUCAAACCGCUCUGUGGCUAUCAAACAAAUGAACCUGGAACAGCAACCUAAAAAGGACCUGAUUAUCAACGAAAUUCUAGUCAUGAAGGAUAGCAAACAUAAGAACAUUGUAAACUUCAUGGAUAGCUUCCUUCACAAAGGAGACUUGUGGGUUGUGAUGGAAUAUAUGGAGGGAGGAAGCUUGACAGAUGUCGUUACUUACAAUAUUAUGACUGAGGGCCAAAUUGCAGCAGUCUGCAGAGAGACUCUUCAAGGCUUACAACAUUUGCAUUCCAAGGGUGUCAUCCAUAGAGACAUCAAGUCCGACAAUAUUCUAUUAUCACUUGAAGGUCACAUCAAACUGACCGAUUUCGGGUUUUGCGCGCAAAUAAAUGAAGCCAUGAUGAAAAGAACCACCAUGGUAGGGACACCAUAUUGGAUGGCACCUGAAGUUGUGACUAGGAAAGAAUAUGGGCGAAAGGUCGACAUUUGGAGUUUAGGAAUUAUGGCGAUAGAGAUGAUUGAAGGGGAGCCGCCUUACCUAACAGAAUCGCCACUUCGUGCUCUAUAUUUGAUCGCGACGAAUGGGACACCACAGCUGAAGGAACCAGACCAAUUGUCUGUACAACUUAAAGACUUCUUAAACAAAGCCUUAGAAGUUAGUCCGGAUAGGAGACUGUCAGCGGGUGAAUUACUUCAGCAUGUGUUCCUUCAAACCGCGGAUCCUCUAUCUAGUUUGGCACCUCUAGUAAAAGAGGCGCGGAAAUCUAGAGCUCAGGAACGACAAAGGUGA